UUAUGUAUAUGAUUGGGAAGUGCAUACGUAAUAUGAAAAAUCUCACAUAAUCCCCAAAUUUUGUACGCACACUCCAUCACCAAAGCCAAGAGAGAAAAAGUACUUACUAUUAAACCAAAAAUAACUGGUUUUCAACGAGUUAUCUGUAAGACUAAUCACAUUUGUAGAUCAAUAUGAAGUUAGUUCGAUUUUUAAUGAAUUUACCUAGUUCUACUAGUCUGCCUGUAACAGUAGAACUUAAAAAUGGGAACUCUAUAAGUGGUCAAUUAUUAUCAUGUACGCCUCUGAUGAAUUUAUCAUUAAAGAAUAUUAAAUUAAUUCAACCUUAUCAAGAUCCUCAAUUAUUAGAAUAUAUGAAUAUAAGAGGAAAUCAAAUCAGACAAAUAAUAUUACCAGAUGAAAUUAAUAUUGAGGCAAUUCUAGCUAAAAGUGUCGUUAAAAUUAAAGGUCAAGGUGCUGGUCCUGGUGCAAGAGAUCCUCAAACAUCAAGAGGUGGAGGUCCAGCUGGUAGAGGUGGUAGACCAUCAAGGGGUGGUCCAAGGGGUGGAUCAAGAGGAGGAAGACCCAGACCAUUUUAAAUGUUUAUGGAUGGAGAUACUGGUCCCUGGUCUCUUUGUAUUAUAGAAAUUGUCUUUUGAUUAGCAUGUUAUAACAAACUUUUAGAAUUAUUAAAGAAUGUUUAAUCUACAGAUAUGUAUAAAUAUAUAAUAUUAUAAUGAUUAUAUCAUUAAACUAAUACACAAGAA